GUCUGGGCUGCCACCAUGGAGGGCUCUGAGGGCAAUGGUGGGGGGGAAGAGCUACACCUGCAGCCCCGACCCGGUGAGGAGGAGGAGGAGGAGGAUGAGGUGAGCGGCCCCUCGGCGUGGGGUGAAGGCGACGGCAGCCCUGGGCUGUGUCUGGCCCUCGCCGAGGGCCACCAGGACAUUGGUUCGACAGGGGCUCCAGCAUCUGACGGCAACGACAUGUCCUGGGAGGUUCUGCCCAGUGAGUCAGAGCCCUCGGCGGAGGCGGCGGCACGAGAUAGAGACAUCCCAUGCGGGCAGGAUCCGGACCCAAAAGCCCUCAGUGAACAGAAGGCUCCCGCAGUCCCACCCCGAGAUGAGAUCCCGGUCUGGCAGACCCCGGCUCACCACUCCGUGUUGCCAGAGAAGGGGAAUGACCAGAAUGCUGGCGCCCACCCCAAGGGAGCAUCGGUAACGAAGGAGCAGAAGCAUUUCAGGAAUCUGGAGAAGGACCAGGAUCACGUUAAGAGCGCAGAGAUGACGAAUUGGGGGAACCUCAACCGUGCGGGUACCGGUGGCGAGGAGAUCAGAGAAGGCCGAGGCCCUUCCAGCAGGGUGGGAGGUGACAAAGUGGGGAACACGCAACGUCCGGGACUGUCGGCCAAGAGCCAAGCAAAGUGGAUCUGCCAGCCAAACUCUUAUCAUUUUGGUGGAUACCCACCACAAGCCAUGAUGACCCUGGAGUUCGUUGCUGUGCUCUCAGAAAAUUGUAACCCUGACAAAAAAUCCAAAAUCUGCGUUGUCUUCUACAAAGAACCUGGCAUCUGCGAAGAAUUCACCAACAUGGAGAAAAGAGACAGAGUGAUUGUAGGCAGCGCCAGGAUCACCCUUUCCCGCCUGAGACAAGGACCCAUCUUUUAUAAAUACGCCCUCGUUAACACCUUCAGCCAGGAGAGAGAGUGUGAAUUGGAGCACGUUUCAUUAGAGAACUCUGACAUCCCGGGGACCUUCAAGCGCAGAAAGGCUCAAUUCUAUCGUGUCCUGAAAAUACCCGAAAUGGAGAUCAAAGCGGACGGAACGUGGACCUGCUUUGAACACAUCGAAUGCAGUUUCCCCAGCAGCAGCACCAGCGUGUGGAAUCCUUUAUUCAAAAAAACGCCCGGGUGCAAGAUCCAGAUGGAAUAUCUGGAGCGCGAUUUCUCUGCUCGCACCAUCUCCUGGAAUUUCCUUGGGGAUAUGGAGAGGAGACUGGACCGGUACAUGGAGAGCAUCCACAUCUGUCUGUGGGACGUCAAGAUGAAAGACUUUGAGGUCGCCCUCGGUUUGUACGAAGCAGUGAGAGAAAAUGUCGGUGGCUUCCUCCAAGGAAUCAUCAAGACACUGAAGACCAAGGAACCAAAACUUCCUCAGCUCCUCUUUGUCUUUCACAUCUCGUUUUGCUAUAACAUCCCCCUUCCCCCGGCAUCCAUCGCUGAGGCUGAAAAACAAUUCCAGGCCAUUGAAUUUUCCGAAGAAAAAUACGAAGAACUGAGAGGAAAAAGCAAAUACUUUAAGGCUCUGAAGGAAAUGUGUCUCAAGACCACUGAUGGUACCUUGUGGAUCUGGUUGGUCCCGCUGCUCUACGCGAUCAAGGAGAGGGCGGAGGACCCCUUUCUCCUGCAUGAACCUCCCUCAGAAGCUUUCCUACAGCUGCGGGGGGACGAAGAGAAGCAAUGGAAAGUCCUGAAGAUGAUGGACAAUCACAAAAUCUUGCUUGGAAGAUGCGCUCCGCUGGCGAAGAAGGUGAUGGAGAUGGUGGCCCUCAAGAACUUCACCAAAGACCCUUUGCCCAGCAUUUGGCUUCCGCUCCAGCUCCUCUUGCAAACGCUGUACAUGCGCAUCGUGGAUGUCAGGACAGCCUUGUCCCCAGGACCUGAAGAUGGUUUCCAUGUGGCUUUGGAAAGCGUCGCCACCAGGAUGGAGGCCUGGUUCAAGGGCCUGUGCCCGUCAGGGUCUUCCAACCUAUCGCCGAAGGCCCCGAGUGAGGACGAGGCCUCGUGGUGCCUGAACCUGGUGUACGUCCUGCAGAAGUAUCUGCUGGAGGAGAUGACAAAUUCAGUGUCGUUUGACACCGUGAUGACGGUGCUGCGGAUCCUGGGGCUGUUCAUCAGCAAAGAGGAGUUGCUGCAAGGCAACAAGGAAUUCCAACAAUUUAAUUUGGCGGAAAAAUUUAGAGAGUUUUCACAUUCCCUCACACUGUGGCUCGAGAGACACUUCCAGAUGGCACCAACGAAAAAGAAAUCCUUCCUGAAGAACAUGGAGAUGUGGAAGCAACUGCUGUCUGUGCAGAUCCUCAGCGGGAGGUGGAGCGAGAUGUGGCAAAGCUUCAUCCGCAACAAGUUGGAGGAGUGGCUGAAGAGUAUUAAUGAGAAUUGCCUUGUGGACUUAUAUGGGGCUUUCCUGAAGAUGGAGAAGCCCGAUGCUGAGUUGGAGAACUACUUUGUGAAUCGCAUCAUCCAGUGGAUCAGAGCCCUUGACAAAAGCAAGGAAGACACGCUGAAAUCCGUGAUAUCCGUGUUCCUCAAUGAGAGCAGACCAGCCACUGGUGCGGUGCUUUCCGUUCUCAUGGAGAAGAUGUGUUCGGAGCUGAGGAGGCUGGGAGGCAUCGACGUGUUUGAUGAGAACACCGACCCCGUUCUUGCAAACCUGCUCAACACUCCCGGACUCUGCGAUCUCCUUUCUGCUGUCCAAAAAUUGGAGCGCAAGUUUCACCUUCAGCUCAGCAAGGGGGCGAGAACCCUUCUUUCCCAGCUCUACGCGUUCUUCAGCCUCAUGGGCCACCGCGUUCUCUCCGGAGACAUCCCCUGCAGCACCCUCUGCACCUUGCUAAACCACGAGGGGAUGUUCACGCAGAUCCUCUGCACCUGUCGUAAGUUUGGAGCUUCCAACGGGGACCUGUUUGUGGAGUUUCGUGGCCAUCAGGAGAGAAAUCCACUGGAAAAUCACCGAAAACAUAAAAAACCUCCAAAAUUAUCUGCAACGCGAGUCCAAAAAAAUGAGUCAAAAUGUGGUAGUUGGCCACAGAGGUGA